UCUGCACAGCCGGGCUGGGGGUAGCCGGGCAGCGUUCCGCUCUCGCUUUCUCCUCCCGCCCCACCGCACCGCAACUCGCCGGCUCUGCGGGCGGAGGCCGGGGGUGCCUCCUCCUUUUUCUCCUCCUCCUCGCCACCCGGGAGGAUCCGCGUGAGCUCCGCGCUCAGCGGUCCCAACAUGAGGCUGCGCGCCGCCGGGCUCCUCGGCUGCUGCUGCUGCUGCUGCUGCCUGCUGCCCUUCGUCCUCCCCGCCGCCCCAGGUGUGAGCUGUAAAGCUGGCUGCCACCCAGUGAACGGGUUUUGUGAAUUUCCCAGAGAAUGCAGGUGUCUGCCUGGUUGGCAGGGUACUCUCUGCAAUCAGUGUGUCCCUUUCCCUGGGUGCUUGCAUGGCAGCUGUGUCAAACCCUGGCAGUGCAUCUGUGAGGAGGGCUGGGUUGGCAGCCUCUGUGACAUAGAUAUUCAGCCAUGCUCUGCAAAGCCCUGCACCAAUAACUCAACAUGCAUAGAGACUGGUGAUGGAGGAUAUAUUUGUCUGUGUGCCCAGGGAUUUACAGGAAAAAACUGCCAUCUCAGGAAAGGACCUUGUAUUAUUAAUGGCUCUCCCUGCCAGAAUGGAGGAACAUGCGUUGAUGACAAUGGUUUUGCACCCCAUGCUUCCUGUUUGUGCCCUUCUGGUUUUGCUGGCAACUUCUGUGAAAUAGAUAGGGAUGACUGUGAAUCCAACCCAUGUGAAAAUGGAGGAACAUGUACAGAUAUUGGUGCAGGUUUCAGCUGUUUAUGUCCCCAUGGUUAUACAGGAAAACUCUGCAGCAGCCGUGUCACAUUCUGUGCAAGUGACCCAUGUGUGAAUGGAGGAACAUGCAAAGAACAUCCACAGGGAGGAUUCAAAUGCAUCUGUAAGCCAGAAUUUGUUGGUGCCACCUGCAAAUAUGCCAGCAAAAAUACAAGCCUUUCUGCAGUGAAUAUUGGCACAAAGAACAUGCAGAAUUACAAGCUUCCACCAAAAGCUCAUCACAGAUCAGUGCAUCAAGAACAUGAAAUCCUGAAAAUAACAGUGAAAGAAACAAUCCAAAAUGCAGAUCCCUUGCUCAGUAAAAGCCAAGUGAUAUGUUUUGUUGUACUGGGAUUACUUACAUGUCUUGUAGUUUUGGGUACAACUGGGAUUGUAUUUUUUUCAAAAUGUGAAAUGUGGUUGGCUAAUGCCAAAUAUAGUCAUCUCCUGCGCAAGAAAAAGAACUUUCUUCUGAAGUCUAGUAAUGGGGAAAACCUUUCUGUUAAUAUUAUUUUCCCAGAGAAAAUCAAAUUGACAAAUUACACCAAGAACUACACUGCCAUCUAGCCCCUUGAAAGCUUGCUACCAAAUUGAAACAUUUCAUAACUAUAUGUAAAAUAAAUUGAACUUAUUACCUGUGGUUGGCCUCAGGAUCUGUGGGUGCGUUUGCUGCAGCUUGUGCUGGAUGGUAAUGAAGACAAAUGUAACAUAUCUGUAUUGCAAAGGAUUUUUCAUUCCCCAAAGUAAAUCUAAAAAAAAAAAAAAA